AUGGCGGAGACGCAGCAGGCGGGUGGUGCUCCGGCUUCGGAAGGCCACGCGACGGUCCUGUGCGCCAACGACUGCGGCUUCUUCGGCAGCGCGGCGACCGGCAACCUCUGCUCCAAGUGCUUCAAGGAGCAGCAGAUCAUCGGCGUCGCUGCCGUCGGCGGCGCGCUCCCGGUGGACAGCGUCGUGUCCAGCUUCGCGUCGCUGCGGAUCAAGGAGACAUGCGGACAGCGUGCUGGUGCUGCCGCCGGAGUCGGAGGUGGUUCCGAUGACCCUACCAAGAACCGGUGCGAGACGUGCCGGAAGAAGGUGGGGCUACUCGGGUUCGCCUGCCGCUGCGGCGGCACCUACUGCGGCAUGCAUCGUCACGCCGGCGCGCACCACUGCGGGUUCGACUACAAGGCGGCCGGCCGCGAGCAGAUCGCGCGUCAGAACCCCCUUGUUGCACCAUCCAAGCUCGACAGGAUUUGA